AUGAAUCUCAUCAAAGGGAUUGAUGAAGAUGCUUGGAGUUCAGUAGAAGAAGGUUGGAGUGCCCCAAUCGAUGUGAAGGAUGGAAAAGAGGUUCUGAAACCCAGAUCUGAGUGGACACCUUCAGAAAAGCGAGCAUCAGCACUGAACUCAAAAGCUAUAACCAUCAUUUUCAAUAUAGUUGAUAAGGACGAGUUUAAGCAAAUUCAAGGGUGCAAGUCAGCAAAAGAAGCCUGGGAUGCGCUUGAAUUGAUUCAUGAAGGAACAUCAAGUGUCAAGCGCACAAGGAGAGAUCUAAUCAAGCAUCAGUUCAAUAUGCUUCAAAUGGGAGAAAACGAGAGUGUCAAGGAAUUCUGUGGCAGGCUGAAUGCACUAGCAAACGAAGCAGGGGUCCUUGGAAAGACCUAUCGAGAUAAACAACUCGUGGCAAAACUCCUGGUAAGCUUACCUAAAAAGUUUAUGUCUCAUAAAUCUGCUUUUACUAUGGUAAACAAUGUGGAUACUAUCAGCUUCAAAGAGACAGUUGGGGCUUUUGUUGCUCACGAGUUAGAACUGGAACUAUAUGAAAAGCCAAAAGGAGGGAUUCCAAACAAGGGGUUGGCACUUCAUGUUCCAGAAUCAUCUGAGGCUCCCAGCCAAGUGUCAUUGGAGGAAGACGGCGAUGAUUGUGAAAACAUUCAACCGGUUUUUUUAAAAAAAAAGCCAAGUAUCACUGGCAAAGCAGAGUCGAGAAAUUCUGGAAAAUGUCUGGAAUGCCAGGGAGCAGGUCACUGGAAGGCUGAAUGCCCUAGCAUUACCAAGAGGGAGGCAAUGUUGAAAAAUCUGAAGGAUCUUCAAUGUUAUGAGUGCAAAGGAUAUGGACACACGAAGAACGAAUGUGCAAUUAGAAAAACAAGAGGUAAAUCUCUGAUCACUCAUGAAGAGAUUGAUACCGAUUAUGAUGAAGAAAGUGGAGAAGAGAUGUCAAAUUUUGUUGCAUUCAUUGGAAUAAUCGAAGAGACUGAAGAAGAGAUAUCCGAAGAAGAUCUGUACAAGGAUAUGUCAAGAGCAUUACAACCAACAAAUACAAGAUUGAUCAAAGAACAGAAGAAGAAAGAGGCAAAGAUCUUGGAAAUCAAGAAGCAGCUGGAUACGAAAGUAUCAGAAGUUGAUAAUCUGAAGAAGCAACUAAAGGAGAAAGAGGAGAAGAUUAUCUUAUUACAGAAUCAGUUGGAAGGUUCCAUGAAGAAUGUGAGAAUGCUUGGAAAUGGCACUGCAAAAUUGGAUCACUUACUGACAAUCGGGCGAACAGAUUCUGGACAUACUGGACUUGGAUAUACCGGAGGGAGUAAAAACAAAGUAGGAAACUUUGUUUCAGGAGGAAAACUUGGAGAUGAAGUGAUCUCACAAGUACAACAGACUCCAAAGAUCAAGAUUGAUCUAUAUCCAAGAAAAGACCGCAGAACUAUCGUGAGCAUCGCACUUGUUUCUACUGUGGAACAAGAGGUACCACCCACUCUGAGAUGGAGGCAAGUCUGGAGAAGAAAAGAUGUCUCGAGGUGUAAUGUGGCAUACACUUCUGAACUGAAGUCAAGCGAACAAUGGUGGUAUUUUGACAGUGGAUGCUCACAUCAUAUGACAGGAGAUGUCAGUAUGCUGUCUACAUUCGAAGAAAAUCUCAAAGGAGGAAACGUGACAUUUGGAGAUGGAAGAAAAGGAAAGAUCUUGGACAAAGGAAAUCUGGAUGCAUCAGGACUGCCCAAACUUACAGAUGUCAAUGCUGUCCAAGGACUCAAGGCAAAUCUCAUAAGCAUCAGUCAAUUGUGUGACUUUGGAUUUCAGGUAAAUUUCACUAAAGAUGCUUGUGUUGUUACAAAUUUUCUUGGAGAUUGUGUGUUGACAGGAAAAAGAACUCCAAGUAAUUGCUACACUUGGGUAAAUCCUGACGAAAGCACUCAAAGUGAGAAAUGCUUCACAGCAGCUGACUCUGAACUAGAGUUAUGGCAUCAACGAUUGGGACACAUUAACACAAUGUCGUUGGUAAAGCUGUCAAGGUCAAAUGUUGUACGAGGAUUACCUGAGUUAUCAUCGCAGACGGAGAGUCUUGGAGGAAAGAGGUUCUUAAGAGAGAAGUCAGAAACAUUGGGUGUAUUCGAACACUUAUGGCUGCAACUCCGAAAUGGAAAAGGAAGUGUUCAGAGAAUUCAGAGUGAUCAUGGGCGUGAAUUUGAAAAUGAACAGUUUGCAGAAUUCUGCAACAAAUAUGGGAUUGUCCACGAGUAUUCUGCACCUAAAACUCCUCAACAAAAUGGAGUGGUUGAAAAGAAGAAUAGGACACUGCAAGAAAUGGCGAGAACAAUGUUACAUGCAAGAAACGUUACGAAACGUUUCUGGGCAGAAGCG